AUGCUGGUUGCCAAAGGCCUUUCAGCCCUCCACGUGAGAUUCGGCAACGUUCUUGUCAUCGCCUUGAUCGUUGGCCUGUGCAUUCACAUCUCGAGAUACUGGCAACAACGGCACCAUAGCUCAGCCUUGAUUAAGCUAAACGAGAACCCCGCGGGAGGCCCAUCGGCAGAAGAGCAGUACCUCGAGAGACUGGCGUACCGAUACGCUCUCACGAAUCAGACGGAAUGGCUGGCCUGGAGAAUCCAGUCUGCGGGGCGCAAGGACGGGGGAAGCUCUCUCAUUGACGUUGGCCUAAACUUUGGAUCGCAAUCUCACAAGAUUAUCGACUUGCGUGGUCCCGAUCCAUCGGCUCUCCGGGCGCCGAGGAAGAUGACACUGCCGGCUCGCGACGACACGCGGGCCGAACCGACGGACGCCUCAGACUUCUUGUUCGGCAUCUCUUCAAGCUAUGAACGCAUCGCGGACCGAGACUGGGCCCUUGUCCGCGCAUGGGAGCGGUGGUUCACGGGCGCGAAGAAGGAAAGCAACGGCGCCGGCCUGGUGCUGAUGCUCGACAAGGCGACGGACAGGCAGCUCCAAGAGGUUGACGAAGAGCUAUAUGCGAGAGGCCUGGAUGCCUACUUGAUGUCUACAGAAGAGCCCAUGUCCAUGGCCACGAGGUACCACGAGCUCGUCAGGAUCUUCAAGACAUACGGCGCCACGCUUGCGGCCAGCGGCCAGCGCAAGAAAUGGUUUGGUCUUGUCGAGGACACCGUCUUCUUCCCUGACCUGUCCUACCUCGGGGAGCGGCUGUCGAGAUACAACGCCAACGACGAGCUGUACAUUGGCCUCCCCAGCGAACGUCAGGACUGGCACGCCGACGGCGACAACAUGACCACCUACGGAGGCGGGGCAGUCUUGCUGACGCGCCAGGCCGUCGAUCGCAUCCCCCGCCUGCCGUGUCUGGAGGCCGCCGAGCUGGAGGCGCCCGUCAAGCCAAAGAGAUGGGACGCUCUGCUGAAAGAAUGCGUGGAGCAGCGAGGCGGCUUAGACAUGCGCUUCAUCCCUGCCCUUUACUCGCCCAAAGACGACGGCGACGGCGAUCUGCCGUCGGUGGCGAGCCAAGAAGCGGGAGCUCGCCCCUUGGUCCUGCACGACUACCAGGACCGUCAUCGCCUAGACGUCGGCAUGGCUCACCUGGUGACGGACGUCUGUGGAGAGGCCUGCUUCAUGCAACGCUAUGUCUUCCACGACAACUGGGUGCUCGUCAACGGCGUCUCCAUCAGCCAGCAUCCCGACGGCCUCAAGCAUCAGCGGCGGAGGCGUGCCAAUCAGCGGCGCGGGGUGCUCAAGGGGCGCGUGGGGAGGAACACAUCUGGGCAGUUCGUCGACGACGACCAGGAGGUCGAGAGAACCUUUCUCACGUGGACCGGCCGCAGGAAUGUGUGGCGGUUGCUAGACUCGGCACCGGCCUUGGAUGGCUCGGUCUGGCAGGCCUACCUCAGGAGAGGCACGCGGGGCAGCGAGGGGCCGGGCGAGAUGGACUCGGUGAUUGUCUUGAUUUGGGAGCAGAGUCCCAUGCGUUGA